CUGCCACCGUUGCUAGUCACCGACACCUGAUGUUGAACUAGCCGGGUUAGCAGGCUUGGCUAGCGGCCUCACACGGGUCUGUGUCUAUAUUUUCCAGUUGUUAAAAGUCCUUCUUAAUAAUGGAGGCCAUUUACGUUCAGGGUAUUUGGGUGGCCGAGGCUUUUCAGUCGAAAACCAGGGAAUAUGAGGAUUUCUGGCUGUUCGCGACUCAUAUCGGAGACCCUAAAGCAGCCUUCCUGAUUGUCUUCCCGCUCGCCUUCUACGUGCACCGCCGAACCGGCGUGGCUGUGGUUUGGGUGGCCGCUCUGUCCGAGUGGCUCAACCUGGUUUUUAAGUGGAUCCUGUUUGGACCAAGGCCGUACUGGUGGGUCGACGAAUCUCGUUUAUUUUUAAAAAACAAACCGCAGCUCCAGCAGUUCCAGUGCACCUGUGAAACUGGACCAGGUAGUCCCUCAGGUCACGCCAUGAUCACUGGUGCAGCGUGGUGGGUGGUGGCGUCCUCUCUGUCCUCCUUCCUUCGCUCUCGCACUGGCAGUAAGUUAUUGGCUGCAGUGCCUUUCCUGGUCUACUCUGUGCUGCUGGCGGCCGUUAGUCUGUCUCGGAUCUUUAUCUUGGCGCACUUUCCUCACCAGGUCGUUGCUGGCAUUCUGGCAGGAGUGAUGCUGGGAGUGCUCCUAAACCGCACAGUGCCUGAAUGGCGCUCCCUGGUGUUCUUCCUGUGUUCUAGCAUGGCUCUGCUGUUAGGAGCACUGCUGAUGUACACUGGACUGGAACAGUUUGGAAUUGAUCUCUCCUGGUCUAUUUCUCUGGCUAAAAGAUGGUGCUCUAAGUCCGAGUGGGUGCGAAUGGACACGGCUCCUUUCUCGUCUCUGACCCGUGAUGCCGGAUCUCUGCUCGGCCUGGGGCUCGCUCAGUUCUGGAAGCCGGGAGGAUGGACUCUGCCCUGGGUACCGAAGACACUCUGCCUGGCCCUGUCCUCUCUGGCCCUCUUCCACAUCAGCCAGUUCCCUCUGCCCACUGUCCCACCCCUGCUGUUUUACUCCCUCUUCUUCCUCAGAUACGCCAUCGUGCCACAGGUGGUGAUGGUGGUGGUUCCGGGCCUCGUGCAUCUCCUCACAGCCAAACCUAAGAGGGAUUGAAACCUCAUGGCUUUUGACUUUUACAUACUUUCAUAUGUGCUUUACAUGUGUGCAGGCAGCACGGCUUCAAAGCAGAGGCGUCCAGCCUGGAGACUUUUUUUAGUGUUGUUUCUUGUUUAAAACUGGUCUCAGAUUAAAUUUACUGUAUAGCAGGGAUGUAUUGACAUACAUUCCAGGCUCCUUUUGUUCCGGAUCAAGAACAUUUUGGCACUUCUGUGAUGACUAAUUGCAGCAAGAGAUGCACAGAUGGUGAGUAUUACUAAAACUAGACUAGCUGUUAUUUAAUAUUUCAUGCUGCAGGUAUCAGGUUGUUUUGAGGAUUCUUGCUGUGCCUGAUUGGCUGCUGAGUCUUUUAUUUAAAGUUAUAAGGACUCAAUGAGUUCAGGUUGGUUUUUUGUUUGUUUUUAAACUAAAAUCUGAAUUCUUUUAGUGCACGUUUGUCCAAAUCCAUGGAGCCCCUCUUUUGACAUCCUGUAUAAAUAAAAAUAAUGUGUGGCCACGACUUAGUAAGGCAUGAUCUCAUCCCCGCGCCUUACUAAGUGGUGGUCAUGGCUUAAUUAUCUCAUACAGUUAUGGUUAAGUUUUUUUAUUUAUAUGGGAUGUAUAUCAUUGUCCAAAUCUAAGCAAUCAAUACAAAAGCAAGUAGCCGCUUUGGCUUCAAACUAGGGUACACUCUUUAAAAGAUGGUUCUUUAGUAAAGACAGUGGUUCUGUAUAGAACCAUUUGCAUGUGUAAAUGGUCUCUGCAUGGUGGAUUGUUCUUCAGAUUGACAGAACAUGUGUUGUAUACAGUUCUAUUUUGCACCAAAGAAGGGUUUUGUUGUUAUAACAAGCUUGGCUUGGGACCUUUUUGGUGCUGUAUAGAACCCUAUUCAUAAAGGCUCUAUAUAGAUCCAUAUACAACACGUUCUCCAUCUAUCUGAAGAACCACUUCACCAUGCAAAGAACCAUUUAUCAUGCAAAGGGUUGUUUGAUUUGUUCAUGUUCCUAUAUAGAAGCAUUGCCUUUAGUAAGGAACCCGUCUUUAAGAGUGUAUGUAUGAGUUUAAUCAGAUACCGGAGAGAAACUGGACACCUACACAAAUAUCUGCUUGGCUUCGUUCAGAGUGAUUACAGCCUGUGUUCAGAAUAAAUAUGUAUAAAUAAAUAAUUGCUUCAUUCAA